AUGCGGUUAGCCUCCCUGCUCGUUGCCAGCUUGGCACUUGCUGUCCACCUGACGCAGGCAGCUCCGCUGGCAGGUUCACUCGAAGACGUCGUGAGGGGGUUCACUUUUGCGCGCGCGCGCGAGUCAAUUCCAACGACUUCCGAAGUGGAUGCAGCUCGUGACCUUGCCGCUCCGUCGAUUCCGCCAGUGCCGGCGCAUGACGGGGUCGGUUCGCCUCAUGGAUCGCCCUUCGAAAGCGGUUCCUUGCCGGACUUACUUAUGUCGCCGGGCCAAGGUCCUGUUCAUUCGCUAGCAGCCCAAAUCGCCCGAGAGCUCAGCUUCUCGCCUCGUAUCGACGCUCUCUUCUUGAGCUUUUCGCCUCUCUACCGUCAAGUGACCGCCCGCUUCAAGCUACCGCAAGAAAUCGUCCACAUCCCUUCGCCUUGGCUCAAAGACGUCUACACACACAUGCUCAGCGUCCCGUCAGACAGGCGGAAGCCCGUCUUCAACCACGAGGAGCUCCCGAUCCCAGCUUCGAUCGUAUCGAGCUUUGAGUCUAACGAAAAGCACUUCCACUUUUCCCGAGUCGAUGCGUACCUUCUGCGUAUCUCACCCGAGUGGCUGGGAGUGAGCCAUGCGUCUGUACCGCUGGAGCUACUCGUACGGUUUCACAAGGAAAUGCAUUGGUACCAACAGCCGGUGCGCAACGUCAUCUCGUUCUGGAGCUCAGCCGACGGCGCAUCAAAGCUUGCUUUGCUCGGUACCUUUCGUAUCACCAAGCACGGCUUUGAGAACAUGAUCCGCGGUUUUCCGGGGGUGGAAAGGUUCGCUCUCGAAACGCGCGUCGAGACGAGCCCCGUCGUGCACACAGAUCUCUUUCUGGUGCGCAAGCGCUUGCCCGGCACGACGUCGUAG